AUGUAUUACCGAACAUAUAAAAACGUGAAUCGAACGACAAGACACACUACUGCGAAAUGCUGUGCUGGAUGGAUGCAUGUGCCUGGCCAGGAGGGAUGUCAGCGGGCAAACUGCACACCAGAUUUGUGCCACAACGGUGGCUACUGCCAGCCGGACAAGCUCGUUACGAAAAAUGAAAUUUGCCAUUGCCCACUUGGUUUUCAAGGAGCUCGAUGUCAGUAUGGUGGGUAA